AAAGGGUUGCCGUUUCCUCAAAAAAGUCCGCCUUUGGACUGUGCCCAUACUGGAAAUCCAAAAUUUCCAUAUGCUUUUUACAGACGAUGCUAUUCUCCUUUCAUGGCGACGCGAAGCCGGACUUUAUUAUUUCUACAAUAUAGAAACUCUUAUGCGAGGACACAAAUCUCGGCACCUCACUUUACGAGCGGCAACUCCGAGACGGAAGGUCUUAUCGAAAGCUCAGACAAUGUGAUUGAGAUGUCGGCAUUGCCUCCCAAAUGGGUUGAUAUUGUGGAUGAAGUCGAUGAUGCUUUGGAUGCCAUCAAGGGAAAAAUCUCGCAAUUAGAAGGCAUGCAUAGAAAGCAUUUGUUACCUGGAUUCGAUGACCGAUCAUCAGAUGAAGAAGCUAUCGAACGGAUGACCUCGGAAAUCACUUCGGAAUUUUAUCGCAUAAAACGAGAUAUCCAGCGCAUAGAACCUGAGAAUCAGCAAGGGGAACAAGAUGUGGCUUUGGCUAAAAAUAUACAAAUCAGCCUUGCGACCAAAGUACAGGAGCUAUCUUCAUCAUUUAGAAAACAGCAAUCCUCCUAUCUGAAAAAAAUACAAGGUCAAGAAAACAAAAAGGCCAACAUUCUAGGGUUGGAAUCGGACUUGAGUAACGAAGCAGCGGAUUUACUGUUGGAUGAAGACGCUCAAGUGGGUUUUACCGAGUCGCAACUUGCUGUAUUGGAAUCCAACGAGGCGGUGAUUGAUCAACGAGAACGAGAAGUCAAUCAAAUUGCCAAGUCAAUACAUCAAUUAGCCGAGAUAUUCAGAGACCUUCAGACACUCGUUAUUGAUCAAGGAACGCUACUGGAUCGAAUUGAUUUCAACAUUGAACAAACAAAUAUACAAGUAAAGCAUGCCGUUGUGGAACUUGACAAAGGUUCAAGAUACCAAAGAAAGACCCGAAAUCGAAAAAUCAUGUUACUGCUUAUCCUCCUUAUUAUGCUACUGAUCGUUAUUCUCAUUGUCAAGCCCAAGAAGCAUUAAUUUUUACACAUCCUUUUCUGCCUUUUGCCCCCUUCCCACUCCCUUUCUCUUGCACAUAUCGAACAUCCUUUAAGAGUUUUCUAAUUUUUUUGCAUCCUAACGAACUAUCCCCCAUCAAAAUGUACAUGUAUCUACUGUCAGCGACGUUUAUUUUGGCGU